GAGUGGCAGAGCAGCUUCCAAUAUACUGUUUUCCAGUUAAGUGUAUCAUCUUAUCAAAUACCCCUUUCUUUAGUUUACUCAUUUUGCGAAAACUAUCAAGAAAUAACAAAAAUAUGAGAGAGAAAUUGAAAAUAUAAAGAGAAAUCAAAAAAUAACAUACAGAAACUAAUAAAUAUUUAAACUAUAAAAAAAUGCAUGACAUAAACAGAAAAAGAAGAGAAUAUGAAUAGCACAUAUUACCAAUAAUAGAAAAAAACAACAAUAUAUAAGUAGAUUAAAAAGAGAGAUAAAAAAAAAAGUUUGAAUUUAAAAAAGAAAUGGAGAGAAUACUCCAUAGUCCAUCCAAUCCUAUUUAUUUACCCCAUUGAACCACGCUAUUAUAAAAGUAUGCCCGGUAAAGCUCAGAAUCAGAGUAAAUCAAAUAGAUUGAUAUCUGUCCAUUGAUACCAUGAAAGUUGCAAAAUAGUGUCCUCACUCAUGAGUUAUGAGUUUAAUGAUAGAUACCCUAAAGACCCCCCACAUAUAGAUAUCAACACUUUCUUUGAGUUUUCGCUACUUUAUUGAAUUUUUGGUCUGGUGGAGACAUAGAGUUCAUAAUAUACAUACAGAUAUUUGAGGGACCAAUGAAAGUGGAGAAUAUUUAUAGUACACCUGGUACACCCAAAACCAUUUUCUCCAAAUGAGCAAAAUGAACGAGUGAGCAAAUGAGCAAAUAUUUCUACUCAUUUAAGAAAAUGAACAAACACUUUUAUUACAAAAUGAGCAAAAUAAGCAAAUGAGUAAAUGAGCAAAAUGCCCAUAUGAGCAAAUUUGGUGUCAAAUGAACACCUGAAGUUCUAAUUUAUUACAAAAAUACCCCGGGUGUACCAUGCUCAUGGUACACCCGGGUGUACCAUGAGUGAACUCAUGAAAGUGCGUAAAGGAGGGGGAGACGGAGACGGAGGAGUAAUGAAAGAUACAUUAUUAGAUAGUUUGCCUUGACAUUUUAUCUUUCUAUAACAGUUCAAAAAAUGUAACCACGAAAAUCUAGUUGUUAAGAAUUAUUCUGAGGUUGUAUAGAAACGAAUACGAUUAGUUGGUAAUAUGGGAAAACAUUCUUCCUAAAGUAAAGGGCACGGACAUGGCAAAAAGUAUAAUAAAAUAAUAUAUAAAUAUGUUUAUGAUAUUUUAAGAAAAUAUACUAAAGACAUUUAUUUUCCUCUGAAUUCAAAUUUCAAUAGUAAUAUUGAUGUUUAUGAACAUGAACUGAUAUUGAUCGCUUCAUUUUCUCUUUUUUUUUAUCACUCACUUCUACAAUUUUGAUUAAGAAAAUUUGUUUUAGGUAAGUAUGCGAGCUAUAAAAGAUUUAAUUAUGGUAUUAACCGUAUUCUACAAGUUUGUUGGGCCUUUGAAGAAUUAAAAUAUGAUAUAUAAUUUGGAGUGUCGAACACCUAUUAAUAUGUGUCUAAUACAUGUUAUUGUCAGACGAGCAGCAGGUGUCAGGUGAUAGUCUAGUGGUAUUGACAUCACCUUCGAUUCCAAGAUUUUGAUUCUAGAUAUCUUGAAAUCGAGCCUCACCCCUUACAAGAAGGGAUCCCCUCCCCCUCCCCCUCCCCCUCCCUCCUUGUAAAGGACUUCCUCAUACAUCAAAAAACAUUUUAUUAUGUGAAUUGUAAAGUUCCUCAAUUGAAUUUAAUUAUAAUUUUGUUGUACUUCAAUUAAGGUGAUUUGUUGGUGUUAUUGUGUUAAUACCUUAAUUGGGGAGGAAAAGUUAAAAAGCAAUUGGGGAGUAGGGGACCAAUUUAAGGGCUAAGGCUUCCAUUUAGCAACUUAAGAAUAUUUUUCUAACUAAACUUCAAUGGAAGCAAGGAAGUUGAUUCACAUUGCUUUAUUCCUCAAAUGCUAUAAAAUACCAAUGAAAACCAAAGUGAAAGACACAAACCAUUCUCAUUAUUUCACUAUUAAACCAACCAAACAAAUAUAGCAAGCUUUGAUACAUAAUAUGGCAAACACCCCUAAUCCAAUGAUAUCCAAACUAUUAGCUCCCCUACAACCUAAGCUUGCAAAACCAUCAUGGGAAUCUGAAAACAGCAACAGCAACAGCAACAUGUUGCCAUCUGAUCAUUUUGGCAAGCCAAUAUUAUUGAGGGGUCCUGAACGAGGCGGCAUCUUCUUGACAUCUGAUGAUAAUGCCCUCGCUAAGCAGAUUGAGCAACUGCAUAAACCUGAUGCUCGUUAUGUUAAUGUUAGGCCUCUUUUCCAUCUUGUCGAGGAAAUCAUCCACCGUGGUUCACCAAAUGUUGAAGGCCCUUCACUGGGUCAGAGGGAGGCAGAAGGAAGACUUACCCUUAAUGGUCUCGAAGAAGUUCCGGAACUGCCACUAAUUGUUGAACGGAUAUCCUCUGAGAUGACAUGCAAGUUACUGAGUGGUAAUGAUGCACACAAUGUCACCCUCUCAGUGUUGAAUAUGUUGCCACAUUUUUCAUGGGAAGCCAAGGUUGUACUCACAUUUGCAGCGUUCGCUUUGACUUAUGGAGAUUUCUGGCUCCUUGUCCAAAUUUACUCUACAAAUCCCCUCGCAAAAUCGAUGGCACUCAUGAAGCGAUUGCCUGCGAUGGUGGAGCAUACGGGAGCCUUCAAAAACAGAUUUGAAGCCACUAAUAAUCUUAUAAGGGCCAUGCUUGAAGCAACUAGGUGCAUUAUUGAGUUUGGAGAGUUACCCACGAUGUAUGUCACAGAUGAAGAUCCUGAAGUUAAGGAUGCAAUGUGUCAUUUCCCUAUCGCUGUUUAUUGGAUCAUCAGAAGUGCUGUUGCUGCUGCAACCCAGAUUACCACCAUGUCAAGCAGGGGAGUCGAAAACAUGUCAGCCACAGCUGAAUCAUGGGAGCUCUCGAACUGGGCUCACAAGCUUAAAACUAUCAGUGAUCAUCUUAGGACCACGUUAUCAAACUUGUAUGAACUCAUAGCGGAGAAGAAGCAGCUUGAUGCUUAUAAUAUGAUCAAGAAAAUCAUCUACCAUACAAUGCAUAUUGACAACAUGAAAGUCCUGAAGACUCUGAUCUACGCUAAUGAUGAUGUACCUCCACUAUAUGAUGGUCCUGUCAAGCGAAGGGUUCACCUGGAUGUGUUGAGGAGGAAAAAUGUGUUGUUACUCAUAUCAGGCCUCGAUAUCACUCAUGAAGAGCUCUACAUUCUUGAGCAAAGCUACACCGAAUCAAAGAUACAAGCAUACGAGAUUGUAUGGAUCCCAAUCAAAGACCCUUCAGUCCAAUGGACAGAUUCCAUGGAAGUUCAACUGGAGACCUUGAAGGCUUCAAUGCCUUGGUACUCUGUCCAUCAUCCUUCAAUCAUCGAUCAUGCAGUCCUGAAGUUUCUAAGAGAUGAUUGGCACUUUAGAGGUAAACCUAUGCUCGUGGUGAUGGAUCCUCAGGGAAGAGUUCUGAGCCCAAAUGCUAUCCACAUGAUGUGGAUCUGGCAAAGCCAUGCUUUUCCAUUCACAAGCUUAAGGGAGGAAGCUCUCUGGGAGCAAGAAACAUGGAGACUCGAGCUUCUUGUUAACGGCAUUGAUCAAAAAAUCCUAGACUGGAUCAGAGAAGAAAAGUACAUUUUCUUGUAUGGAGGUGAUGACCUCGAAUGGAUUCGAAAGUUCACAAAUGAGGCACGUGCUGUAGCACGAGCUCUGCGAGUGCCAAUCGAAAUGGUUUAUGUAGGCAGGAGCCACAACAAGGAGUUGGUGCGUAAAGUUUGUGCAGCUAUUAUAGUUGAACAAUUGAGCCAUUGUUGGCAGGACCCAACCAUGGUCUGGUAUUUCUGGACAAGAAUUGAGAGCAUGAUCUUCUCGAAGUUCCAACUGGAGAAAGUCCACGACCAUGGUGAUAUCAUAUUGCAAGAGAUCCAAAGGCUUCAUAGCCAUGACAAAUCUCAUGGUGGAUGGGCAAUACUAGCCAAAGGAUCAACGAUUGUGGUCCAUGGUCAGGGAAAGCUUGCCCUGACGACCCUUCAGGAGAUGGAGAUAUGGAAGGAGCAUGCUCUACGAGACGGAUUUGAAACAGGAUACGGAAGUCAUUACAGAGAGCUUCACAUGAGAGAAUAUCCAUGUCACAGAAUUGAGUUCCCCUCUAAUGUGAGAAUUCCAAAUAGUAUGCUUUGCCCUGAGUGCCGCCGCCACAUGCAUAGGUACAACUCUUUCAUCUGCUGUCAUGAAGAUUUUAUGACUGAUGCUGCUGCUGAGAUUUCACCUGCUCUGGCUGCUGCUGCUAUUGCUGAUCAAUUUGAGGCUUAAUUCACAGUUCUACAUACAGUUAUUUGCUUUUCUGUUUCUCAUUUCACCAUGACCAUUAGUAGAAUAAUAACCAUAUAAGGACGAGGUACUACAUCUGCCGAAUGUGUUGUGGUAUCUUGUUGCAAGUUGGUUCAAUCUUGUAGUUCCUUUUUCUUCUAUCAUGAUAAGAUGUCUACGGUUUCUAUGUC